GGACCCCUUCUACAACAACCCCUGCCCCCCUCCGAGCACGCCGGUUCGACGUACCGAGGAUAAUCUUCGAUACAACAAACGAAGUGUGAUUUAGAGAAGAGAUCGAAGGAUCUAUAACAUAAUACGAUAUAAUAUAUAUAUAGAAAUAUAUAUAUAUAUAUAUAUACAUAUAAAUAUAUAAACGGGACAGGUUCAACGAUAAAGGAAGGAAGGAAUUGAAAAGGGAUAAAGGAGAAGAGAAGGAAUAAUUAAUAAAAAACAAGAAAAGAAAGAAAGAAAAAGAAUAAGAGAAGAUCGUCGCGUCGUCGACGGCGACCGAACGGAUCGCAACACCGUCGGUCCCGUCGCCGCGACGGAAGGAGUCUCGCGACACACACAUAGACACAGACACGUACACGGACCGUCGUCGUUGUCAUCGUUGUCGUCGUCGUCGUCGUCGUCGUCGUCGCCGUUGUUGUCGUCGCCGUCGUUGUCGUCGUCGUCGUCGUCGUUGUUCUACGUACUCGUUGCGACGGCCGUGUGUGAUUGCUAGUAGUAGUGGUUGGUGCUACUAGUAGAGAGGAGUUUAGUAUUACUAGUAGUAGUAGUAGUAGUAGUGUUACUGCUACUGCUGGUGGACGUGGACGUGGACGUGGUAGUGGUGGUGGUGGUGGUGGUGGUGGUGGUGGUUGGUGGUGGUGGUGGUGGUGGUGGUGGUCGUAGUAGUAUUAGUAAUAGUAGUAGUAGUAGUAGCAGGAGCAGCAGCAGCAGCAGCAGCAGCAGCAGCAGCAGUAGUAGUAGUAGUAGUAGUUGCGGUGGUGAAGCAGCGAUCGUUACUAGCCCGAGCAACGCCAAGAGCAUCGUCGUCGUCUCGUGGAGUAGCGCGACAGUGGCAGCGUCGCCAGGAGAAAUUGUAGUAGUUGUAGUAGUAGUAACUGCGGUGGUGGUGGUGGUGGUUGUGGUGGUGGUGGUAAUAGAAGAAGAAGAAGAAGAAGAAGAAGAAGAAGAAGAAGAAGAGGAAGAAGAAAAAGAAGAGGAAGGAGGAGGAGGAGGAGGAAGAGGAGGAGGAGGAGGAGGAGGAGGUGGUGGUCAAGAAAGAAAAGGAAAAAAUAUAAAGAGAGAAAGAAAGAGAGAGGGAAAGAGAAAGAGUAGUGUGGUAGUAUUAUUUCGUCAAGAAGAAGAAGAAGAAGAAGAAGAAGAAGUAAUAGAAGAAGAAGAAGAAGAAAGACGAAGAGGAAGAGGAGUAGAAGGAGGAGGAGGAGGAGGAGGAGGAGGAGGAGGUGGAGGAAGAAAAAGAAGAAGAAGAAGAAGAAGAAGAAGAAUAAGCGGAGGAGGUGAGGAGCUUUGCACGGAUCCGGUCCGUCGGUCGGUGGUCAUCGAAGUUAACCUCGACGAAGGUUCUUCGCGAAGAAGAAGGACCAUUCUCGAGGAAGAUAAAAAGAAGAAAGGAAGAGGAGGAGGUGGAGGAGGAGGUGGAGGUGGAGGAGGAGGAGGAGGAGGAGGUGGUGGAGUAGUAGCGAAGGAAGAGGUGAAAUAUCCUCAUCGCGGUUUUCCCCGCGUCAGAGAUCUCUUCGAGCAUGCAGGUGGCAACGCUGUUCAGGGAGAGCGCCACCCUGCUGGGUGCCUCCACCUUGGAUCCCCCGCAGACUCACCACCAUCAGUCCGUGCAUCAGCAACAGCAGAUCCAGCAACAGCAUGCCGCCGACUUGCAUCUCGGUCACCACAUGCAACAUCACUACAAGAUGUCGUAUCCGUCGCCUGUGCAGAACGGGGGACAAAAUGGGGCGACGAUGAACUGUACCCAGGGUGUGCUGGUGAAGCAAGAGGCUAGGGACGACGGUUACGAGACGAGUCCAGAUCUCGAGAUGAGAAGCACCGGUGGUGACAGCAGUCAGCAGUACCACACACCGCUGACACCACACACGCCGCACACACCGCACACCCCGCACACGCCCCUCACACCCGUAUCGGCGACGGCGCAUCAACCCCAACCACCUGGCUCGACCGCCUCCGCCCUAGGACAGGUGGCAAUAAAAUGCGAGACACCGGUGGAUCCAUACUCCUUUGUAGACGAGGACAUGUCAAUGGGUGGUAUGAGGUCCGCGAGCAGUCCUGGUGGCAAUCCUGAGAGCAUGACGUGUCCGGGCGGCGUCCAACCGGGCCUGGUUACACCCACGUCGACGCCACCCGGUCCUCUCUCCGGUCAGCAACAUCAUCGGAUCGAUCUCGUUAUGAAUGGUGCUGUGAAUCCCCAGCUAGUGCAUCAACCGAAGAAAAGAGGAAGAAAGAAAAAAUCCGAAAUGAUAUUAACACCCGAAGAGGCGGAGCUCGCGGAGGCGAAAAAACGUGCGAAGACGUAUAAGGAGAGGAAAAAGCACGAUAGGUUCGACGGAAUGCCGGAGGAGGAAGUGAGUAAACGCGUUCUUCCGGAUCACCUGACGAACAACCUCGACAUCAUCAUAAUCGGGAUCAACCCUGGACUGUUCGCUGCAUAUAAAGGGCACCAUUACGCUGGACCUGG